AUGCCGGUUUCGGUGAUUGGGUGUGGCAAGCUGAGUCUCUUUAGGGCACUCAAGCUGCUCUACCCACAAUUUGCUCAUAUAGAAAGCGAUCGCCUGGCUAACAAGAGGGACUUUUACAAGAGCCUUAAAGAUGCAUUUAAGGAUCAUCUGGUCGUUCUUGCAGAUAGAAACAAUCACAUGAAGCAACACAGAAGGGAGAUAUUCGAGCUAUUCGAAGAGGACUUUGUAAAUAUUCUCGUGGUGAAUUUUGUGGAUCCCAGUGUCGACAAGGAAACAGUGAAAAACACCGCGUUUAAAAGAAUCAAAGCAAGAGGCAAAAACCACCCAACAAUUGACGGACACGAUACUCGAAAGGUCAAGAUGAUUUUGGGCAAAUUCAUGAAAGAUUUUACUCCGUUUGAUAUCGAUGAGGCCACGACGUCCAAUCACGUAUGCGAACUUGAUCUUGACAUGACGGAGGGGUUGCUUCCUACCACUAUGGAGAUGUUGUCGUGUCUCCAUGAGCACCUUUUCUUAGAGAUCCCGGACGAAAAAGAGGUAUUUCGGACUUUGAUGAGAGGGAUGGAGUACAGAGUACCAAAUAAGGAAAAGAAGUUUCUUCAGCUUAAGGGAAAGUCGCAGGAUUCACAUAAGAAUAUCCGGCAGGGGAGUUCUAAGCGUCAAAACAACCGCAGUGGCUAG